CCCUCUUGAUUUGGCCACGUUCUAUUUGUAGCAUUGAAAGCUCUUCUAGUGUGCCAAAUUUGAUUCUGGUUCGUAUCCAUCCUGGAAACGGCCAUCCAUGGAACCAACUAGCCUAAUGAAGUGGCAUCUGAGUCCAAUUUUGACCCCCUCGACCCAUUGGAGGCUGGGAAUCGGUCUCAAAAUGAUUCAACACCCCAAAUCGCCGCUCUUCGGCUGCGCUACUUUCUUCUAACCCCUAUCCUCAUCUCAGCCAAGAUCCAGCAGCCAUGGCGGCCGACACCCUCCCCAAAUGGCUCGCCCUGCCAGCCUCCCGUCGACGAUGCUCAUAUCUCUUCGUUAUCUUCGUCAUUCUAGUCAUCAUCUACGAAUUCCGCACGCUUCUUCUCCCUCCUGUCGUAUAUCCGCUCUACGAGAGCGACCAGGGCCAGAAACUAGCCCGGCCUCUCUCGGCGCGUGAUCUCCUCGCCCGUCCGCUCCCUCACGAUUUCAAGACCCUCCCGAAACUCAUCCACCAGACAUGGUUCCCGGCCGGCAGCAACAUGUCUGAGCGCGCCCAAGUCUGGGUGGAAACUAUGCGCGCACAGAACCCUGACUGGGAAUACGUGCUCUGGGACGACGAGACAGAUCGCAUGAUCGUGGAGCAGCACUUUCCUUGGUUUCUGGAGACGUACGAUAAGUUGCCGCAGGAGAUUCUGAGGGCUGACGUUGCGAGAAACUUUUACAUGUAUCUGGUUGGAGGAAUGUACGCGGACGUGGACACCGAAGCCCUUCGUCCCGUUGAACCGCUCUUCCUAUCUCACGAUACACCCCUCCUCUCUCAUCGAAUCUCCCUCAAUAAAGCACCUCCCCUACCACUCCAGAACCACCCCCAAACCCAACGCGCCUUCCUCGGCCGCAUGUCCCGCAGCCCAGACCUCAACAGCAACGCAGCCGUGCCGAACGGCUGGAUGGCCUCUUCCCCGGGUCAUCCCUUUUGGCUGCUCCCUGCACUCCACGUGCUCGAGCGAGCCGACAGCGGCGGCGACGGGUCCGUCGAGGAUCUCACAGGCCCCGGGGCCCUGCAGCGCAUGGUCCAGAAGUACCUCGCGGACUCGAAGCAAGGACCGGGGGCGGUGCGACGGCAAGUGUGCGCAAAGAUCCAGCAGAGACAGCCGAGCUGGUCGCUGUUCUGCGAUGCCGAAAUCAACGACUCGUUGGUGUUGUUGCCGCAGCGGCAGAUCUAUCCGUUCAGUUGGGUUGAUGACGACGUGAAGGCUUGUUUGGCUGCGUUCGGUAAUCCCGAGUUUGAUCCAGAGGUGUGUAAACGGGAGAUUGAUGUUGAGGAGUGGCCGAGCUACUUCAUUACUUAUUGUACGCAUUCAUGGUGA